AUGGAGGACGGGCAGCCCAUCCUGGGAAGCCUCUAUGUCUAUGCUCCUAACAAGGUAGCACCCGUAUUCUUCACUGCCGCGUACGCUGCCUCAGCGGUCGGUCAUAUCUGGCAGUGUUAUUGCUACAAAUGCUUCAAGUUGAUCGGACUGCACCCACUCUGUGCGGUAAUGUUUACUGCCGGCUAUGCUUUGCGGGAAUACGGAGCCUUCAACUAUAUGUACAACACUCGGAACUUGAUCAUCUUCAUCCUCAGCCAGGUUUUGAUAUACGUAUGCCCUCCGCUUCUCGAACUCGCCAACUACCACGUCCUCGGCCGAAUAUUCUACUACGUGCCAUACGUCGCACCUCUUCCGGCCGGCAGAGUUCUGUCCACUUUCGGUGCUCUGAUGGCACUGGUCGAGGCCUUGAACGCUUUAGGGGUAUCCCUCUCCUCGAACCCGUCAUCGUCACACAGUCAGCAAGAAUUGGGAAGCCACUUGACCAUCGCCGCGCUCGCGAUCCAACUCGCCGUUAUCGUCAUCUUCGUCCUCCUCGCGGCCAUCUUCCAUCGGCGGUGCGCCAAAGCCAAUAUACACGCCAAGGCUGUCUCGACCCCUCUGAUCACGCUGUACAUAAGCAUGUCGUUGAUCUUGAUACGUUGCAUCUACCGCCUGGUGGAACACUUGGGCAACACGACGGUGCAACUCGAUGAUCUCGAAUCACUCAUGACCCUGAGUCCCAUUUUGCGGUAUGAGUGGUUCUUCUAUGUCUUCGAGGCAACCCUCAUGCUCAUCAACUCUGUUCUCUGGAACGUGUGGAAUCCGGGUCGCUUUCUGCCCCGGAACUACCACGUCCAUUUGGCGCGGGAUGGCAGGACUGAAAUCGAAGGGGAAAACAAGUCGGAUGACCGGCCGUUGCUAGCCAAGGCUGGAUCAAUAUUAACGUUUGGCCUCCUUUUUGGCAGGAAGUUGGAGAAUCCGCGAUUUGAGGAGCUUAAUGAUUACCCGGGUGCUAAUCGUCAGGCUUAA